UUGAGGGCACGGCUGCCCCUCCUGGUUCCUUGGCCACUGUUCUCAGGUAACGCUUGUUUUCAUGAACGUGGCGCACACAUAAUAACAACGAUUGGUUGAGGUCAAAGUUGAGACUAGAGGUGCCACUGGGAUUACACACCAUGGUGUCACCAGACCUCUGGUGUAGCACUACCCUACAGUGGUGUCCUUUCUUUCACAGACCGAGGAUCUUGACAGCAACGUAAAAUGGAGGCUUCUGGCAAAAACGAUCUCCAUAAAGCCCCUGCCUUGUGUUCUCAAAGAUGGAACCUGUCCAUCAUGUGCUUCUUCGGCUUCUGUUUGUCUACGUCGUCAGGGUCAACUUCAGCGUCGCCAUCAUCUGCAUGGUGCGAGUCCCCACCCGCAACGUCACUUCCGGCAGCCUUGUCAGUCAAAGCUACAGUAAUGUUUCACAUCAUCGGAUGUCACUUCCUGUGGCCAGGAACACAUACCCAGGGAAUGAGACCACCCAUGGGUACAUACACCAACUGUCGGAAACCUCCGAUACAGAAGAAGCAGAGAUCAGCGAUGAAAGCUCCUGCAGCACAGAGAGUGAGGACCCCUCCGCGCAUUCCAAAGAAGGCGAGUUCGACUGGGACAAGCCCACGCAGACCCGUCUACUGGCCAUGUACUUUUACGGGUACAUCUUCACUCAAGUGCCGGGUGGCUGGCUGGCCGGUCGUAUCGGCGGGCGGCGCGUGUGGGGGGUGUGUCAGACCAUCAGCGCCCUCUGUUCACUGGCCACGCCCCUCGCCGCGCGCACUAAUGUCUACAUUGUCUACGCCAUCAGGUUUAUUUUGGGACUGGCGGCGGGUGUGUCCUUCCCCUGUAUCCACGCCAUGAUGGGGAGGUGGGCGCCCACACUGGAGAGAAGCAAAUUGGUGUCCUUUAGUUUUACCGGGAUGUCCGUUGGAACUGUUCUGACCUUCUCGCUCUCCGCACUGCUGUGUGUCUCUGGAUUUGACAACGGCUGGGGCUCCAUUUUCUACUUAUCAGGAGCAGGUAACCUGUUGUGGGUUGUGGUGUGGCUUUUGGUGACAUCUGACACACCUGCCAAACACAAAAGGAUCAAAGAGAUUGAAAAGAACUACAUCAUGAAGUCUAUUGGCGAGUCUCCUGAGUCCAAAGCGAGAAUACCAACACCAUGGCGUGCCAUGAUAACGUCAGGUCCGGUCUGGGCAAUUGUUUCUGCGCAUGUGCUUCAUAACUACACCAACUACACAAUGCUGACGUCACUUCCGACAUUCAUGAAAGAGGUUCUCAAAUUCGACACCAGGCAGAAUGGCGCUCUGUCGGCCGUGCCCUACUUGUCUCAAGCUGUUGUGUCGGCUCUGUCGGGGCAGGUGGCGGACAGGUUGAGGGAGAGCAUCCUCAGCACCAAGAACACCAGGAAGCUCUUCCAGGUCUCCUCUUUCGUGGGGUCAGCAGUGUGCAUGGCGCUCGCUGGCUACAUGACCUGCUCGCAGCGUCCCCUGGCGGUGUUUUUGCUGAGUCUCUGUCUGUCGUUCAUGGGCCUGAACCGAUCAGGGUUCGGUGUCAAUCACAUUGAUCUCGCUCCCAGACAUGCUGGAGUCCUGUACGGCCUCACCAACACUGUGGCCACGGUGCCUGGAAUGAUUGCCCCGCUCAUAGCUGGAGCCCUGACCCCAAACAGGACGGCGGAAGAAUGGCGUCGUGUGUUUUUUGUGUGCGCGGCGUUGGCGGUGCUGGGGGCCAUCUUGUACGGUGUCCUGGCGGAUGGAGAGUUGCAGACGUGGGCGGUCCCGCCUUCCGAGGAGCUGAAAGUGGCGGGUCCCAGGACAAACACAAACGAAAACAACGAGGAUCUGCUGCUCAGUCCUUUCACUGCAGACGAUGCAACACAAAGAAGAAUCAAUUCCGAAGACAUAAAAUCGCCGGGCCUAGAAAAACUGAACCAGGGAUCGUUGUCUCAAACGGGUGGCGACAAGCAGCCAUGAAUAAUGGGGGCGAAAACAGGACUGAGAGCUUUUACAGCCUAUGAAAGAGAGUCACAGUCGAUUACGAGUAUUUUCAUCUGUGUUCGUAGUAUUUUGAAUAAUGCAGACAACAGUUACAGUGUAGAGACAACAAAAAGCUGAUGGCUGUCCAAAAUUUGCUAUGUAAACAGAAAUAAACACUCAAUGUCCAGAAAAAAUAUCUGCUCCAGUCACACCAAUUAGUAAUAAUACAACUCAUAAAUCAAGAAUGAUGGCUAACUUCAGAAAGUUUAGAGAUGGUAAGACAAAGACAGAAACAAUAAGAUGUAUCGAGAAACUUGACCUUACUUCUUUCAUACCAUUGACUCAAUCAUUAUCACACUUGGAAGAGUCAGAAAGAGAGAAAGAUAAAAGAGACUUGACACUUA